AUGCCACCGCCCGUGAGCGCCAGAGAGGUGGAGGGCCUCCUGGAGCUCGGUUUUGCCGUCGGCGAGAUUGCAAUGGAGGCCAAAUGUGAUAUUAAUUGCCUCCGGUUACUCGAGCUUCCUUGGUCUUCCAAUGCGGUUAUAAGGAGCCUUCGAGCUGUUAAAGGUGGGAAUAUUAAUUCUGCAAUUAAGCUCAAUAAGUUAACCCUUCGGGAUGCGAAUUUACCGCCGAAUGUUGAUGAAUUCGCAGAGGAAUUUGGAGAUGAGAUACCUGGCUUAGCAAGGAUUUCCCUUGACGAUAUUGGGGUGAAAGGCCCAAAGACCACUUAUGGGAAUGAGGAAGUGUGCUCUGGAAUCCGUAGGAAAAGCAUGAUGCCAAUGUUACCGGAAACCUCCCCUCAGAAGGUAAAGUAUCGAUUGCCUUGGAUUGCUGGACAAGCCCUCUUAAUACUACCAGAUGGUAACCCAUAUGACUGGGAGGCACCAGAACUUGUUGAGGCCAAGGUGCACGAACUUUACACGCCAUUUCCAAGUAAUGGAGAGUCCGAUAGCAAGGACAUACCUAACUCUGGCGGCAUCAACACCAACACGCCGGUUGACGCCGCCAUCACCACGAGCCUACUCAUCGACAACAUGCUGGUUAACACCACCAUUAUCAAGUUAAUAACACGCCUGUUAACGCCGCUAUUACCAUAUGAUACGGAAGUCUACUCUGGCCUAAAAAGUACUGACCUACUAGGAAUCAACUAA